AUGACCAAUACAAAAUUUGUAGAAACUGCUGAAGCUCAUUUCCGCCUCAAUAUUGACCCAAAAUAUAAUGACCAACAGCUAAGGGCAACUGUAAACCUGCCCAAGGGAACUGGACAGACUGUUAAAGUGGCUGUUCUUACUCAAGGUGAAAGGUUUGAUGAAGCAAAAAAUGCUGGAGCAGAUUUGGUUGGUGGAGAUGAUUUGAUACAACAGAUAAAAGAAGGAUUCAUGGAAUUUGACAAGUUAAUUGCUUCACCAGAUAUGAUGCCCAAGGUCGCUAGCCUAGGAAAGAUUCUAGGACCACGAGGGCUCAUGCCAAAUCCGAAAGCUGGUACUGUCACUCCUAAUAUACCUCAGGCCAUAGCAGAAUUCAAGCAGGGGAAAGUUGAAUACAGAGCAGAUAAAACUGGUAUAAAAUCGGUAGAAACAAAUAAGCCACCAGGUGCGAAAGGUGUUUACUGGAAAAGUGCACAUAUUUGCUCAUCAAUGGGUCCUUCGAUUCGGUUAAAUAUAAGGGAGAUGCUUGAUUUCAAGCUUCCAACAAAUUGA